AUGAGAUUCUUUGCCGUGAUCGCCGCCACCCUCGCUGUCUCCCUUGAGCAAGCCCCCGCUGAAACUGUUGAUGUUGACCUCUCCACUGCCAUCGGUGCCCUUUGCCUCGUGUUGAUGCAAGGCUUUCCGGGGCUAGUUGGCAACAACCUCACCAUGGAGUCAGACCAACUCAGCCUACCCAUUACGGUUGGCGGGGCCCCCGGCUGCGUCAUGAGCGCAGCUCUCACCGCCACCAGCCCCUCCAAGUACCCCAGGGCGAUUCUCGAGUUCGUCCUCCCCGCGCUCAUUGUGACCACGGCCUACGUGCUGUUGCUGACAGGUGGGGGUGAGCACCACACCACGGGCGACAAGAAGGGGGGAUCGCGACCCUCGACCACCAGGGGCAGCGACUACCUGUCCCUGCUCAUCCCACGGUAUGUGGGCCAAUCGCGCCGGGCAUUUAUCGGGAGCCUCUUGUUCUUCCUCACGUUCCUGGUUGCAGCAGCAGAUGCUGUGUGCCCGACGUGCGGCGGCAACCUCGCGUCGUGCGACUACGACACCUCCCGGACUUGCCCCGCCGCCACUGUCGUGGCUAACAACGCGAAAGUGCUCCUCGGCACGGCGGCGGACCCAGCUCCCUCGAGGAAGCAAAUAGACGAAUUCAAUGCGCAAAAAAGAAUUAGCGGGCCCCAGGCAAGGCGCAAGCCGGAGAUCAGGCGGUCGCACGCCGACAGAGUCGCGAUGCCGCCUCGAGCGCGCGUCUGCACGGCCUGCAAGGCCGCCAAAACCAAGUGCUGCCUCGACGGCCUCCCAUGGGACCCGCAGAGCGGCCGCAAGUGUGAUCGCUGCGCGCGGCUCGGCGUGCGCUGCACAGCAGCGCCUCAGGCCGUCGACAAGCGCAAGGCCUUUAGCAGCAGCUCGGCCCCGUGCAGAGCCGUGGCACCGGGCGGCGGCAUGCUGCUUCACAUCGCGCCGAGCUCCAUGCUGACGCAGGCGCUUGCUCAAGUUCCGGGCACCACCUCCUCCUCCUUUGCAGACACCUUGUCGUACGUGCUGGCGCCGGGCGCCUCGCCGGUGGCGGCUCGGUACGUUCUCCGCGCAAUCGCGACGACGGCGCGGCGGCGCGGCACCUACGAGCUCACCGAGUUUGUGACGCGCCUCUGCAACCACUACGACAUUGCGCUCGACCACGUCAUGGCGGAGGCCACCGAACCACUCCCAGCGCUCGGGGACAACGACGACGACCUGCCGUCCUUUUUCGAGGAGAAGCUGACCAGCUCCUCGGCGGGCUUCGUGAACGUGCGCUCGCGCCGCGACGGCGAGGCCCGCUUCUACGCCAACGCCGCCUUCGAGGCCUCCUUCGCCGCUGUGCGCGAGAUGGACGCGACGUGGCAGUCCGGCUCCAUGGAGAUCAACUCGCUCUUCGUGCACCAGGAAGACUGCCACCUGGUCCGGCGCCUCUUUGGCGAGCUCUACCGCGCGUGUGCGCCGGACGAGGUGCUCGAGAUGUCGACGCCGCGGCCGGUGCGCGCAUACGACCGCGCCGCCGCCGCCUACGCGCUCUUCGACUGCCGCGGAGCGAUGCUCGUCCAGCACGAGGGCCGCGCCUUUGUGGGGCUCGUCGAGCUCUUCCUGCACGCGCCGGGCGCCGCGCCGGUGGCGCCCCUCGCCGCGCCGUCCGAGCCGCCGUGGGCUAAGUCCGGCAUGCCGCCCGCGCUGCCUCCCCUCGGAGGCAUCGCGGCCACACCCCUCCCCACUCCGGCGCCGCCCCCGCUGCCGCCGCCCGCCGCCGCCGCGGCGGCCGCGAGGCUGCCGCCCCCGCCGGAAGCGACCUCGCUCGCCCCCCACGCCUCCCCCUGCUCCUCCUCCUCCUCCUCCUCGGCGGGGGGAGGCACGGGGGCGGCCGUCUCGCCGGGGGCGGCGGCAGCGGCGGGCCCGUCCUUCGGCGCGGCGCGCGAGGAGGCGGAGCCGGACCUGCGUUCCCUCGUGGUGGGCGCCACGGGCAGCGAUUGCAGGCCUUGCGGCGGCGGCGGCGGCGGCGGCGGUGCCAAGCGGCCGCCAGACCCGUUCGGCGGCGUGCCUCUCGACGUGACCGAGCAGCUCAUCGCCAUGUCGAGCCCGCCCAAGCGCUUCUGCCUCCCCAACGGGCGGCCACUGCAGCUCUUUGCGACGGACCACUUCUCCGUCGUCCCGCCGCCGCCGCCCUCGCCGGGAGGGGCAGGGGACGGUGUCUCGGCCGGCUCGGAUCGACCCGGCGUCUGCCGCAAGCCGAGCAUCGCGUCCGAAGGGACGCUGGAGGAGAUCUCUUCCUUGUGGUUCGACAUUGGGUACGAACUCGAGGCCGGAUCGGCUGAGUGCGCGGUUGCGGACGCGGAGAUGGAGGAGGAGGCCGGGGCGGGCGAUGCCGGAGCAAGCCACUUCCUCGGCCCGGCUCCAGAAAGCGGGGGAGAGGGCGGUGGCUCGUCGGCGCUCGUUAAGCUUGCGGGCGCCUUUAUGGCGACGCUGGCCGUCUCGUCGAUGGCUUCGAUGGCGCGAUCGGCCAAGCGGUUGCUCGAACGCAUGCGCCGCGCUGUUGCACACGAGUAUGGCCUGCCGCUGGCCGACCUUCGUCCGGACCUCAGCUUCCUGUCCCGUGUCUCCGCCGCGCCCCAGAGCUUGCAUUCGAGCCUGCACUGCGACGAGUGCUCGCGUGCCACCUUCCACUUCUCGUGUGUGCUCUAUCUCAACUCGGAGGGCGUAGACUACGAGGGCGGCCGGUUCGUCUUUAGUGACCCGCCUCGCCAGGACGGCGAGCCGGGUCGGCCAGGGGAGCGGCAGCUCAGCCGAACCUCGCCUCGGCGCGGCCUCGCGCUUAUGUUCUCCUCCGGAUGGGAGAACCUUCAUUUCAUCGAGCCAGUCGAGUCAGGGUGCCGCUAUGCCAUUCCGGCCUUCUUCACGCGCUCGGCGGUAGAUGCGCGUGCCUGGGGGAGGGAGGGGCGGUCGGCGACAGACACCUUGUGGCGCACGACGCUCGGUCGCACGUCCGGCGAGGGCAAGCAAGAGAUGCUGGAGCAGUGGCACGUGCUCUUUGGGCCCCGUGGCGAUGACUGA